AUUAACUACGACGAUGGUUUUUGACAAUGAGAAGACCUCGGCAAGAGAUAUCUGACGGCCGCACUCGAAAGCUGCACUUCGCAACCUCGCCCGAACAUCUUGCCAGUGGCCUCAGCCGGAAAGACAGCAAGCACCCAGCCCUCACUUGCCAUGCUGUCGCCGUGUCGAGUGGGAAGCCAUGCCGACGGGCGUUGCCAGUAGUAAAGUCCGGUGCCUCGUUGACCCCAGAAGACAAGUAUUGCUUUCAGCAUAAAGAUCAUGCGAAGAGUGCAGCUCCGGCGAGCAGGCGGAAUGCACAAGGCAUCAGAGGGCCGAGAAUAGCGUUACAGCCCAUGUCAGGAAACUCUGACAUACGUUCACAAUCGCAUACAACCGGACAGCCACCGAUACCGCCAAACAAGCCCUUACCGCCUCCAAAGAAUACACCACAGCACCAGACUAUGGUACCGCCAAAAAGAGAUUCUAAGGUCAGUCGCUUUUUCAGAAAGCUCUGUUGUAUGUCGGACUCUGCGUUCAAUUCUAUCCCUCCUACUGCGAAAACAGCACUGCCGCCAACCCCGAGACCUGGUCUUCACGACCCUCGACCACCAUCAGAAGUGCACGUUCCUCUGCAUUCCUCUACGCCGGAGAUACGUGCUGCCAAUAAACCAAAUAUGGUGAAACCACGAAGACCAGCACCGAUUCAAUCGGCUUCAUCAACUGUCACACUACCUCUCUCGGCCCUCGCCUCACUCCCCGGCACCACCAUCCGCGUCCCAGGAGCAGACGGCCACGGGGCUUUCCUCGUUCCUAACGAAUGGAUAGACCCAACACUCUCCGUGACCACUCGCCGCGCUCUACUCUCAGAGCUUGAAAAACCAAUCAGUGCAAGGGAAGAGCCAGGGUAUAUCUACGUGUUUCGGUUACAAAGCCCUAUCGAGGCUGGUUUUCAGGGGAGCCGUGCCCUGUACAAAAUUGGACGCACAACAAACCUGCAGAGGCGGCUAUAUCAAUGGUCAAAUCAAUGCUCCCUUCAGCCCAUCCUCGUCGCGUACUACCCCUCGCCCGCCUCUUCCGCCUCCUCUGCGCUCAAAGUCUCUAUCUCGCACAGAGUCGAACGGCUAAUUCACAUUGAGCUUGCCGAUAAACAUCCUGUAUCGGAUAAGGCUGCCUGCGAGGCAUGUGGAAGGGUUCAUCGAGAGUGGUUUGAGGCUGAGACGGGGAGAGUGGGGUGGGAGGGGAUAAAGACGGUUAUCUUGAAGUGGGUCGAGUUUGGGAAGGUUGGCUGGGGAGAAGUUGAGGCAUAACCUGACCAAUGGAGGUCAGGGGUGAAACUGGGAUGAAUCAUUUUUGUCGAAACUGAACUAUCACGGCCUGCGAUCGAGACGUGUUUGCGUGU